UCUGCUCUUUGCAACAAGUCACAAAACCAUCAACCCCCGGGGGCUCACGGCGCCCUGAGCGCGGCGGCGGGGCGGUGCUUUGCUUCCCACGAGCGCUGCGCUCCGGAGGCGGGAAAUACCGCUUCCUUCUGGGGCUGCAGCCGGCUCGGUGCCCCCCUCCCUCCCCCGUCCACACACAGCGCUUGCCUGAGAAGGUUUAGCCUGAGGCGCGCGAUGUUUUCAAGCAGAGCUCAGUGGAGAAGAGAACAUGCGCAAAGUGCCUCUCCCUCCGCUCUGGGGACAUAGUCAGCAGCGUGUUAGGUUUUUGUGGGGACCGCUUUGCCGGGUUCACUAUGCUUCUAAGUACUGAACAGAUAAACCUAAUUGGACAAGUGUUUGAGUCGUAUGUUCUGGAACACCACAAAAACGACCUCUUGCUGAUUUUAAGAGAAAAAGAUGAUGAUACACAUUACCCAGUUAUUGUUGAUGCUAUGACGCUAUUUGAGACCAACAUGGAAGUUGGUGAAUAUUUCAAUGCUUUUCCCAAUGAAGUGCUCCCCAUUUUUGACAAUGCGUUGCGCAGGGCAGCCAUGACCCUUUCUCAGUCCGUUCCUCAAAUGGAUGACUUUGUUGUUAAACAGAACCUUCAUGCCAGGAUAUCAGGUUUGCCGGUUUGCCCAGAGCUAACCAGAGAACACAUCCCAAAGACCAGAGAUGUGGGACACUUCCUCUCAGUCACUGGCACUGUUAUUCGUACCAGCCUUGUGAAAGUCCUGGAGUUCGAACGGGAUUACAUGUGCAACAAGUGCAAGCAUGUGUUUGUGGUCAAGGCUGACUUUGAACAAUACUAUGCUUUCUGCCGUCCUCCAGCCUGUCCUAAUGAAGAAGGCUGCAACUCAUCUAAGUUUACUUGCCUCUCUGGAACAUCCUGUGCUCCCAACAGCUGCAGAGACUACCAAGAAAUCAAGAUUCAGGAGCAGGUUCAAAGGCUCUCUGUUGGAAGUAUUCCUCGUUCUAUGAUAGUUGUCCUUGAAGAUGACUUAGUUGACAGCUGCAAAUCUGGUGAUGACAUAACAGUUUAUGGAGUAGUAAUGCAGAGGUGGAAACCUUUUCACCAGGAUGCACGCUGUGAUGUAGAGAUUGUCUUAAAGGCCAAUUACAUUCAAGUAAACAACGAGCAGAUGUUAGGUGUUAUAAUUGAUGAGGAGGUCCGCAAGGAAUUUGAAGAUUUUUGGGAAAAACAUAGGGGUGAUCCCUUAGCAGGGAGAAAUGACAUUUUAGCAAGCUUGUGCCCUCAGAUUUUUGGGUUGUAUCUCGUGAAGUUGGCAGUAGCCAUGGUGCUUGCAGGGGGUGUGCAGAGAACAGAUGCUGCAGGCACUCGGGUUAGAGGUGAAUCACAUCUUUUAUUGGUUGGAGACCCUGGAACAGGGAAGUCUCAGUUUCUGAAAUACGCAGUAAAGAUUACUCCGCGUUCUGUACUUACAGCAGGAAUUGGAUCCACAAGCGCAGGUUUAACAGUGACUGCUGUGAAAGACUCUGGAGAGUGGAACUUGGAGGCUGGAGCCCUCGUGCUGGCUGAUGGGGGACUUUGCUGUAUUGAUGAGUUUAACAGCAUCAAGGAACACGACAGAACCAGCAUUCACGAGGCAAUGGAACAACAGACCAUCAGCGUGGCCAAGGCUGGUUUAGUGUGCAAGCUGAACACAAGGACCACUAUCUUGGCAGCAACCAAUCCAAAGGGGCAGUAUGACCCUAAUGAAUCUGUCUCUGUGAACAUCGCCCUUGGCAGCCCUCUCCUUAGCAGGUUCGACCUUGUCCUGGUAUUGCUGGAUACAAGAAAUGAAGAAUGGGAUCGCAUAAUUUCCUCAUUCAUACUGGAAAACAAAGUUCUUUCUGCAAACUCUUCUCAUGCAGCUUGCCCAAGUGUGUCUGAAAAGCUGUGGACUAUGGAAAAAAUGAAAACAUAUUUCUGCCUUAUAAAGAACCUGCAGCCGGUAUUGACUGAUGAAAGCAACUUGAUUCUUGUCCGCUAUUAUCAGAUGCAGAGGCAGAGCGAUUGCAGGAACGCUGCGCGAACCACCAUCCGCUUAUUAGAGAGCUUGAUACGAUUAGCUGAAGCACAUGCUCGGUUGAUGUUUAGAGAUACUGUGACUGUGGAAGAUGCAGUAACCGUGGUUUCAGUGAUGGAGUCUUCAAUGCAGGGAGGUGCACUCCUUGGAGGUGUCAAUGCACUGCACACAUCAUUUCCUGAAAAUCCACUGGAGCAGUAUCGAAUGCAGUGUAAACUGAUCCUCGAGAAGCUGGAACUCCAGGACAUUCUGCGUGAAGAAUUCCAAAGACUUGACAGAUUGAAGAAUGAAAAUUUGUCUCAGUUUCUGCAGUCCAAAGAGGCAUCCUCAAACAAUCGCACACUUGAGAAACUGGAGCAGAUGUCUCAUCCACAACAUUCAGACCAAGAGGGCAAUAAUAUACAAUUGCAACCUGAUAAGCAUCCAAUAUUCUCAAGCAGCCAGACAUCUGAUGAUAACAGAGUAACAAAGGAAUGGGGCAAACCCAGUGAAUGCAGCAAGGACAGUAGCUUGAGCUGGUUUGACAGUAUGACGGACAGCAGCGCUGAAGCUGAGAAGAGCAUUUAUGAGUCUCCAGUUGCAAGAAUGUCUCCAACUGCAAGAACGUCUUUGAAAGCCCCACACAACAAACCCUGCUCUAAAGAAAGAAAUGACUUAAGUGAAGCCAAGCAAACCACACCAACAACAAUAGCCCUGGGAAAUGCUUGCAGACAGGCUGCCUCUAGUCUUGAUGGGGGGAAGGCAACCAAGUCCACAAGCUUACCUUCAGGAGCAAGUGACAAAGGCCCAAAUGCAGCGGAUUGUACCUCACCUGAUUUAGUGAUUACUCACAGGGCCUCUAAGAAAUGGCACAGGGAAAACAUUGAAGGAGUUAAUGGGUUUUGUGCAAGUACCCCAGAUCCGAAGGUUGAGUGUUCUCCAACUUUAUUUUCUCCUGGUCCAGCUGCUGUUCCACAACACCCCAGAACAGACUUGGGUGCUUCACCACCUCACAGGCAACAGAAGUCUGCUACUUCAACCAGAAAGCGAAACAGAGGCCAAACAAAUAAAGGUGAAGCAGGAAGUUCUACUAAACCUGGAAUCCUGGAAGAUUUGGGACCUGCAGCUGCUAAAGUAGCUAAGUUCCAACGUAAGCAGAAGCCAAAGCUUGCUUGGCCUUCUGAAAAUGAAAAUCAUGCCCAAUUGCCUGAUACUGUCUGCAGCCCUCACACUUCUACCAAAACUGUGUCAAAAGUGGGGAAGCCAAGGGGAGAAGGCUGUCCUGAGAAACACCACAAGGAACACAAUACUAAGGUGGGAAAUAAUAGAAUGGAGAAACGCCCCUGUGAUAACCAAAGAGAGGAGGAGGAGCAAAACGAUCAUUCACUCCCUUCCUCCACAAAAAAGGCAAGAAUGAGAGAGGAAAUAUCAGAUGGUGCGAACACGAAAAAAGUGUGCUCCAGUAUACUGGCAAAAUUAGCCAGCUUUGCCUUCAAGCCAUCAGCUGAAUCAAAGCCAAAGUCUCCAGUUUUGUUGCAUGUCACCAGUAAUGACAGGGACAAACAGAGGGAGCCAUUGGAAGCCCAAACCUCCAAUAGCGUGGGGCACUCAAGGAAGUGCUUUGAACUGGGAAGAGCCAGCCCUGGCACAGGGAAAUCUUUGUUCUCAAUAGCUGAUUUUGAUGAUUCCACCCUAGACUUUGACUGGGAUGAAGAAAGCAAGAGGAAACUGAAAUCUUAAAAAGAACUUCUGCUUCCUCCUCAAAAUGGCACUGCAAAAUGCUGAAAAUGAAAUCUGUUUUAAUCUUGCCUAAAUGAACCUACAAAAUGGCCUCUUUACAAAUGCUGGGAUCCUGAGCUUACUCCUGCUGGUGGAAGCAUCCUCUGAGCAAAGUUCCACUCAUGUGAUACUUCUGUCAGCAGAACAGGAGAAGUGACCUUCAGUAAUUUUCUCCUUCCUUUUGUAGUCCCAUCCCUCCUGCCCUGUCCCAAAAACCUUGUUUGGACAGUUCUCCAAAGCAGCAUGAGACAUGGGAAUGAAGAACUGGAGAAAAUGCCUUGCCCCUUUCUGCCAGCAGAAUCAUGCACUAGAUCCGAGUCCCAUCAGUGAAUGGAAGGAUCCUCUCCAUUCACAGAAACCUAGUUAGGAUUCAAGGUAAUUACAAAGAACAUACAGGUUUUCUAAAUCUUGGCGUCCUUAAAUGUGGUACUUUUAGGACGCCCAGACUGCUGUCCUCAAACAGAAGUUAGUAGACAGCUAUGGAGUUAGCAGACUACUGUGUUGAAGAUAGUAGACUACUAUGGAGCAUUGCCUUGAGGCAAGCACCAGAUCAGGUGCCAUUGCAACUAAUUCCUCUUCUCCUCCAAGAUGUCUGAUUCCACUGACUGUUUUGUUGGCAUAUUUUAGAUACCACUUGGUUAAACCGAGGGAGGAAUAACCCCUGACAAUGAAGCAUAGGUUUUUUUAUUUAGAUUUCUCUUUCAGUCAGUCUACUGCACAAAUGCUUGAUUCCACCAGGUGUAAUUAUAGUCAUCUUCCUAUUAAUACCUCCCACCUGAGAAAAAUCAUGCCUUUAAAAAGAGCUAUUGCAUAGUUUUCUCUUCUCCAUCUUCCUUUUAAUGCUUGCUGCAUUGCAAUGCUUAGGCCAUAAAGCACCUCAAAUCAUUUAUCCCAGGCUGGUUCCAUUUCAGAAUGUGGCUUUUGGGCUACGCCUUUCAUUGUCUUCCAGCUGUGAAAUUUACAUUUUGUGGCGUAAGUAACAUACCACAGCUUUUUGUGCAGAGACUAUGAAUGAGCUCUGUUCAUCUAGUAAUACAGAAUAACCCAAAGCUGUUUGGUUCAUGGUAUUUUACUGGAGAAUUUCGUUUAAUUAUUUGCUAUAGGUCCCUCAACAUAAAUUAGUUUUUUCAUUGUUGUAUUAUAUCACAAUAAUUGGGGGAGUACAUACGUAUUUGUUCAAUAAGGGGUUUUAUUUCUUUGCCCAGUCCAAAGAAACUGCACAGCUUAAAAUGAUUGAUGGAGGAGAUGGGCUUUGGCACCAUACAUACGCUAUUUAAAAUCUGUGAUCUUCAUUGCUGUCCUUCAAUAAAGUAUCAGUUAGCAGGUUC